AUGCCGCUCGACUUUUACGAGUUCCCCGUAGCAGUGCCGGAGAAGUGCAUUUACCGUCCUGGAGACCCCGUUUCCGGGUCAGCUGCAGUGGGAGACCUAGAUAGGGUCAGCCAAAUUGUUGUCCAGUUGACGCCCGAUGCGACUGCAACUUUCCUGCCUUCUCGGUCUCCUCCACCAGUCACUCCAAUCGUCGCAAGCUUUGGGCUAGGCAAACUGAAGCACCUUGGGAAAUGUCUCUAUGGUAUGGAAGUUUUUUACCCGGUGGAGCUCGAGAAUCUGACGUUCGCGGCCUCUGCACGUACGGCAGUCGUGGAGGCGCGAGAUCCCAACGGGGGACCCAACUUGCGCCUCGAAACGCUGCACAUCCCCUGCAGCUGCAGCCCCGAGAGACUGAGCCUGAUCAGCUGGUGGGCAGGGACGGGACCGCUCGGCUUCCCAUAUGUCAUACUCUAUGUAGCCCAUGAGGGCGACAGGCCUACGGACAACUGUAAAGACCACCGGUUACGCAAAGUCUCCCUCGCCAGCCUUGACGGACCAGUGGACUACACGAAAACGCCCUUCUACAGGAAGACACAGUGA